GUAGAAGAAGAAGCAAAAGGGUGGUUUCAGUCUUUCAGAAGAGAGAGAUAGGCAGAGGCAGAGGCAGGGUUGGUUCAGAGAGGAGAAUUUUACAGCUUCGGCAGUCCUGUCUUUUCCUUUUCUCGUGAUCUCCCAUCCCAUUUCUUCUUUUCCAUUAACUUUCUUAGCGAGCUAGCGAGCCAGCAAAGUGAAGAAGAAGAAGAAGAAGGGAAAGUAAUUUUAUCCAUGGGCAGUUCGUCGUGUGGAACCGCAGGAAGGAAUGGAGGAGUGAGGCAGUACAUAAGAUCGAAGGUGCCUCGCCUCCGGUGGACUCCCGACCUUCAUCACUGCUUCCUUCACGCCAUCGACCGCCUCGGCGGCCAUCAUAAGGCGACGCCGAAACUGGUGCUUCAGUUGAUGGAUGUGAAGGGACUCACCAUUUCCCAUGUCAAGAGCCAUCUCCAGAUGUAUAGAAGCAUUAGGACUGAUCAGCUGCCUUCCACCACCAACUCAACCCAAGAAGGAAUGGAUCCCAUCAAUGGCGAAGAAGGAACAGAAGAAGUAAAAGAAGGAAGACAACCCAAAAGUGAUCAAUACUACCAGUUUCUUCUCCCCAGCCCCAAAAGGGUGAAAGUGGAGAGUUUGAACAGUGGUGGGGAGAAAGGGGGAGACCAUGGGAGCAUUGUUAUGAUGGAUGGGGAAAGGAUUAGGAAGAAGAGGAAGAGGUGGUCAUCAUGUAAUCAUCAGAUUACUGAGUUCAACAACAACAAGAAGAAGAAGAAGGGAAUCUUUUGUGGUACUGUUCCGUACGAAUCGCUUGAUCUCCUUAACCAUCAUCAUCAUCAUCAUAUCCACAAUGGAAUAAUGAACUCAAAUCAGCAACAGUACCACAUUGGUGGUGGUGGAGGAGGAGGAGGAAGGUUCGGGUGUGGCCAGAUGCAGCUUUCUCACCAUGCUCCCACUAAUGGAGUUAAUACAAAGACGACUACAACUCCCCUCCUUCCUCUUCAACCUGUCGAACAUGAUGUUGGAUUUUCUGGUUCUACCCACCACCGGGAAGAAUCUCACUUUCUCAAGGUUAUGAAAGUGGAGACCGCCGCCGAUCUAGUAAACGGAGUAGCCAGCUGGAAAUGCAAGGAACUGCCGGAGUUGGCCGCCGGAGGAGCUGGCAGCGGUGAUGAGAGAACGGGGGUAGUUGGCCAUAGUGACGGCAGUGGUCGGAGUAGUUGCGAGUUGUCGUUGUCGCUGUCAUUGCCCGGCGGAGGCAGCGAGGUCGACGGCGGUCUUUCUUCGAGUCUCACUACUUUCUCUUCGCAUUACUACUGCUACGAUAGUAAUUAUGGCGGUAGGUUUAAGGACGUAUCUUCGUCGUCGUCUUGCUCGAACCCUACCCUCAACCUGGACCUUUCCAUUGCUCUAUGUGGCACUUAAUUAGGUGUUUUUUUUUUUUUUUUUUGCCAUUAGAUGACUUGGUUGUAUUUUCUGUUUCAUUGUGAUAGUUUGUAGUACAUAAAUGAAGUAUGAUUACUAUCCUAGUUGUUUUUGGGCUUUGUGUGUGAAGGAAAAUGAAUUAUCUCUCUCGGCCUGGCCUGCUAGGUCCGAGCCCAUUAGUUCUCUCUAAGUGAUAAAAUUCUGCUGGUAUUUAACAAAAUGGGCCUUUCAA